GUCCCGCCCGCCCCGCCCCUUCGCCUCCCCCGCCCGCGUGGUCGCCGCCGCCGCUGCCGCCCGACAGGAGCUGGGGGAGGACGGUGGCCCGCGAGGCUCCUCGCAGACAACGCGGCGGCGAUGUCCGCGAGCCAGGCGAGUGCCGCGGCGGCAGCGGCGGGGCCUCGCGCGCGGCAGGGCGGCCUGGGCUUCGGCCUCCCUUCGGUUCCCUGGAAGCGGGCCGGCGGCCAGCGCGGGAGCAGCAGCAGAGGCGGAGGCCCCAGCGCGUCUCUCUCCUCCCCCUCAGCCUGAGCCAGGGGAGGCCAGGCGGCCCGGGUGGCUGGAGGGGGGUCCGCUGCCCGAGAAUGGGAAUUCUCUUCACCAGGAUAUGGAGACUGUUCAAUCACCAGGAGCACAAAGUUAUCAUUGUUGGGCUGGAUAAUGCAGGGAAAACUACUAUACUUUACCAAUUUUCUAUGAAUGAAGUUGUGCAUACAUCCCCUACAAUAGGAAGUAAUGUAGAAGAGAUAGUGAUUAAUAAUACACGUUUCCUAAUGUGGGAUAUUGGUGGCCAAGAAUCUCUUCGUUCUUCCUGGAACACUUACUAUACUAACACAGAGUUUGUAAUAGUUGUUGUGGACAGUACAGACAGAGAGAGGAUUUCUGUAACUAGAGAAGAACUCUAUAAAAUGUUAGCACAUGAGGACCUAAGGAAAGCUGGAUUGCUGAUUUUUGCUAAUAAACAAGAUGUUAAGGAAUGUAUGACUGUAGCGGAAAUCUCCCAGUUUUUGAAGCUAACUUCUAUCAAAGAUCACCAGUGGCAUAUCCAGGCAUGCUGUGCUCUUACUGGCGAAGGAUUGUGCCAAGGACUUGAAUGGAUGAUGUCACGACUUAAGAUUAGAUGAUCUCUACUGACCUCUUCUCAUAGACUUUGUAUAAAUGAAGUGCUGGACUUUACCUGAAAGCUGCAAAAAUUAAUGGUUUAGAUAUAUUUAUAAUAAACUGAUUUAAAUUUUUUCUAUAAGAAGAAAAAUUAAGACCACUUAUUUGAAAUCAAAGAUGAAGUCUCACCUUCCAAUUUGCUUUCUCAUUAGUUCCUUCCAAAGUAAGUUAUUAAAGCUGUGACUGACAUUUUUCUCAUAAUGAAUCCUCUCAGGACAUUGUGUAGCCAGUGGUAAGUAAAAGGGAGAGGAAGACUUUAAGAGCUUUAUUAUCAGUAUAAGCCUCCCUAGUUGAAUGUUUUCUUCUUGUUCCAUUAAGUCAAAAUACAAAUCAGCACAGAUAUUCAGUUUCCAAUAUUUUAAAAUGUAAUGUUACUUAUAAAAAGUAUUUUGUAUAAGGUUGUGUAUGUAUUGUGUAUAUACCUCACGUUCAAGUUAAUGGCUUUGAUUUAUGUUCUAAAGAAAAGCAAAUAAUACAAAAAUUAAUAAUAUCCUUACUUAUAACCAUAAUGAGAUAAGUACUGGCAUUGGUGUUAAGUGCCAUUUUGUACUCUCCCCUUAUGUUCUCUGUAUUGUAUUAACCAACCCCCAAAAUCAUUGAGCUGCUCUUAAAAAAAAAAAAGGAAAAGGAUAAAGCUUGACAUUGUGUACCUGUUUUUUGUUGUUGUUGUUGAUCAAUCACACACAUGGAAAUGUACUUCAGCUGAGUGGAGUAUCUUAUCAAAUUCUUGACUUAGUAUUACUAAUGGGCAGAAUUACACAGUGAGCAAUUAUCAGAUUAUUCCUUUUAUUGGUCCUUAUGACAUCUAAAUUACUGAAUAAGUUAUUAAUCAGUUAAUCAUAAAUUGUGAUUAAAAUUAUCAAAUGAAUUCUUAGCAUUAAUCAAAAACUGUGUGAAACAUGUCUACCUAGAGAAGUAACACUCUACAAAUAUCACUAAAUAAUUUAGCUAGAGUCUUAUUAAGCAUUAAAUUAUGUGUCAAAUAGUCAAAGUCAAUUUGAGAGUAAAAGUAAGGUAAACUUUCCAAGGAACGUUGAUAAUUUCUUAAUUUGCAAAUUUUUGAUUGCUUAUUUUAGGACUUGGGAUUGUUUGAGAUUUUUUGUUUCUAUUCUUAUAUCUUCUUCUACCACAUAAAUACAUUGUUUGACAAUUACAGAAUGCAAAUAUUUUUAAAUGCUUUUAAGAAUUUGGUAUAAAAAUUGGUGCAAUGUAUUAUUUGUACUAAGAAGUAACUUGACCCAAAAUACCUUUUAUAUUUGCUUAGGGUAUUUUUUUUCCAGUAUCUGAAAGUCACAGAUAUUUCUGUCACAAUUGUAAACAACUUUAUCCUAACUGUGUUAAAACAUAUUCUUGGGUACUCUAUCUGUAUUUCUUUCAUGCCCUGAAAGUCUAAAAGCUGAUCCAAACUGACAUGUUUUAGAAUAUUUAAGAAAAAAGAAACCCUACUUUUAAUACCAGCCUUUUAAAUUUCAUGAAGAUUUUGAUGAGGAAUAAUGACAAACACUUUCAAAGUUCCCUUCUAUAAAAUGUAAAAUACCCAGUGUCGAUCCAUGGGAGAUCAGCAUUUAACAUUGGAUGUUUUGUGUUUUAUAUUUAUAUUGUUCAAAAUGCAAACAUAACAUUUAAUAUUUGUCAACAUGCUUUUUACAAAAGUAAAUCCUGUAUUGCUAAGUUUUGCUAUAUGUUCUCAUACUUUUUCAAAUCACUAUAAGAAAUUACUUGAUGUUUAUUAAAAAUCCCCUUAGAAACCCAAAUUUAUUUUAUAGUUUCAUUAGAGACAAAUAUUUUGUGAAAUAGCCCAGAAAGUCUACACCUGUGUUCUUUUUAUUUUUUAAUUUGAAUAAUCAUGUGCUUAGUCCCUUGGACUGCUGCCACAUCAGUUUAACAUGAUACUAGCACAUUCCCUUGUCAUAAAGGUGUUGGCUAAAAUUUAUUCUUAAUUGGAUGUUUAAAGCAUGCACUGCAUUGUUACAGUUGGUUUAGUGUAUUAGAUUAUUGACAUGACAUCAUGAGAAUGCAUGAAAUCUUAUACCACAUUUAUAAGACAUGGUUUUGUUUUCUAUCCUUCUAAGCUAAGCAUUAAAAAUAAGGUGAUAUCUGUGUACCUGUACAUAAAACCAAAAUUAUAGCUGGGAAAAAGAUUUAAAUUUAUAUAUGAAAAUAUCAAAAUCAUUUUAACAGUAUUACUUUCAAAUAAGAUGGAGAGUCUCAUGAAUAGUCAUAUUGACAAUUUGUAUGUAGUUUAAGUGGAAUGAAGCAAAAGGCAAUGUUUUUGGAUUUUUAAUAUGCUACUUUUGGAUGUAAACAAACAUUUAGGGUUAGUGUGCUCAGCUUUGAGAAGAACAAAAAUUCAUACUUAUGUACAUGUGGCUAAAUUUAAAUAUCCUGUUUUUGAUACUAAUUUUGAAAGUCAUAAAACUUCUUUUGAUAUCUUGGUAAAAGUAAUCAUAUACUGUAAGCAUUUAAACAUGUUUAAUUUUGUCAUAAUAGCAUUUAUAAAGUACAUCCUACACAUUAUAUUGAGGGUUCUCGUUUGAAAUUUUUAAUACUCUUUAUCUUCCCAGCAUAUCUUGGCCCUCAUGAUGGGCAAAGAAUACAAUGAAAGCAGGUGGAUUAGGGGUUAGUGGGGAGUGGGUAGGGGAUCAUUUUCUUAUAUGACAUUUUUGCCUUAAGAAUAAAAAAGUGCUUUAGCACUGCUGGCUGGCAUUUUUAAUGCAGGUAGUGAAAGUGAUUUUAGAAGUGUGGCAUGAAAAAGAGGGAAGGGGAGUUUCUAUUUUCUGGCCUUUUAGAAGUGCCUAGUAGGUAGUUAUAGUGAGUCAUAGAGAAGUGCACAGAGCUUGAGGAAAGGCAUGAAGUCCCUGAGAUGUUCUUUUCCUUAGUGUAUAAUAUUAAGAUGCCUAGAAAUGGGACUCUAUUGUCCCUUCUUGUAUAGGCACUUUACAUUUCUUGCUGUGACUGCAGCAACCACAUACAGUACAGACAACCUCAAAAGCUGUUUAUAUUAGUGUAAAUAGAAAAAACUGUAGAGAAAUUUCUAAUUUUCUCUAUGGGCAUUUGUGGGAAUGUAUGUGUAGUAUGCACUACUUUGUAUAUAGGGAAUAGCACCACAUCAUAGGUUGUCUGUGAACUUUGGGGUCGUCUUCUCUCAGUUGCCCAGUUGUAUCCUGGCAUCAGUCCCUUUUUCAAGACUGGAUAGAGACAAGAUUUCUUGACAUGAGUUAACUUUGACCCCUCCCACUAUGCAAAUAUAAUCUGGAACUUAUUACUUCAGAAUAGACGUUCCUAUAGUUCAGCUAUCCCUUAUUCUCUUGUACCUUUAAUCACUAUCAAUGAAGAUACCUCAUCUCACUCCUGGAGGUGUUCUAAACUUUGCCUAUAAACAUUGUUCCCCAAAUCACUAAUUUCUAAAUAGCUUCUCUAGUUUCUAAGUAGCUGCUCUUGCUAUCUUCUCACUACUGGCUUUAUUUACAGAUUUGGACUUUGCUCAUUACAGAGCAUUGUCAGAGUUGUUGAGUUCAUCAAAAGAUCAGCUUGCAGUAUAUGUAGCAUAAAUAUGCCAGUAGUAGAAUUCUGUAAAUUAUGCUAUAUUUAACAUUUUAAUGCUUCUUAGUUUAACUCCAUAUGCUAAGAAGUAGAUUCAUAAACAAAAGAAAAAUACCUAGACUCUGCCAGCUCCUUGAGCUACUAAUUAGGCAUGGAGAGGAUUAAGCUAUAUGUGAAUUAUCUUCCCAUUACCAAGAAUGGUUAUGUUUCAGAGAAUACGAGUUCAAACAGUUUGAGUUGGAAAAAGAUGUCAAACCAAAUUUAUAUGUAAUAUUUAACCUAAGGACAUCUUUAAAACUAUUGCCCACAUUCCAUUUUUUUCCUCAUAUUUACUUAAAGAUCAAAGAUAAACAUUAGAUAUCUGAAGGAAUUAGUGAUGAAUAGCCUAUUUUACAAAAUAAACCUGUUGAAAUGGGCUUUAAAAGACAAAAAUAACCAGCUGUCAUGCAUUGACUGUGUAGAUGCAAACAUAACAGAAAAUAUGUCUCUAAAGCUCCAGUUAUACAAAAAUGAAACUUCUAUAUCAUGUUCCCUCAAAGAAUGUAUGAUAGAUUAUUUUAAGACCAUGAUGGUGGAGUAAAAAAAGCUAAAAUUUAAAAUUUUGGAUACUAAAAAGUGACUGCUUCUAUUUAACCUUAAAAUCAUGUAGAAUUGUGAAGAAAUGUAACAGGAUAAAGUUGGAUUAGUUAUGCAAUACUAAUCAAUUGUCUAACCUUUGUGUAUUCUAAAAAGUAAAGUUUAAAUCUUUAUAGCUUGCUAGAUAUGCUGUUUUUUGGUAGAAAAUUCCCAUGGUCUGUACUAAAAAAGUGCCUAAAAAUUGAUUUGUGUUGAUUUUUAAGUCCAUCUAAUAAAUUAUAUAUGUUUUCUAUGGUA